GUUCUAUGGUUCAAACUGAAACUGCCUGACGCGACGCGACGUGGAGACGCGUCUUGGGCGCCCUCCACAUGGCCCUGAUCCUGGCGGUUCUCGCGCUCCCGGCCGUCGCCUGCGCGUUCGCGGCAAAGUGUACGAGCUGCUCGAAGCCGCACCUGCUCUUGCAGGUGGGGAGGCGACAAGACGUCGACUCCUAUCCUUCCUGGGUCGCCGAAGCCUUUGAGGAGUGUCUCUUGGUAGACGUGCCAUACCUCCAGCGGCAGAAGCAGAGAGCCUUUCAACACCGCGUGGUGCUUUGCCGCUCCGCGGACGAUGGCCGGGAGCUGCCGGAGACCGCCUGCGACGCAGGCGCGAAGCCGCGGAGCUGGCGGCGCUGCGACUGCGGCGUGGUGGUGUGCCGCGAAGGGCCCAUCAGGCCGCCAGAGCAGCAGCAGCUGGCCGUCGGCAGCUUCCGCGGCGGAGGUGCCUUUGAGACCAUUGGCUGCCUCGCGGGUCCGGACGAGCCUUCAACCGAGGGCUCAGGCGCCGACCUCCCCCGAGACAUGGCCUGCGUGGGCUGGACGUCCGUCGCCCCCUGCCGCCGCGGCUUGCCCUUCUACCGCUUCACCGAGUCAGCCUUGCGUCCUGGAGGCUGCUUUCGGCUCUGCACGGGCAAAGGUCUGGACCUCUUCGGGCUGAGCGACGGCGGGGAGUGCCGCUGCGGUGCCUCGCUGCUGAACCGCCAGGCCUGGCGCUGGCGCAAGCCCCCGCCAGGCCUGGCGCUCGCCUGGCCGAGAAGUCGCAGGGUGCGGCCGGAGCUGUGCGACACCCGGGUCUACCGCUACACCGGGCAUUUCGAGGAGGGCGGCGCUUUGCCGACGCCUCUGACCUCCCUGACGCAGGAGGACCUGGCCUACGUGGACUCCAUCGCCACGGGUCGCCACAUUUAUCCGGAAGAGGAGGAGGACGUGAGCCGACGCCUGGAGGCAGUGGUGCAGCCUGGAACCGAAGUGGCCUUGCUGAGCGCCGCGAAGAAUGACUGUCCGGUGACGGUCUCGUGUCCCUGCACGCACCCAGAUUAUGCUUGCUAUGCCUGGUACGAAGCAGGGGCUCGUUGUGCCUGCUUCAUGAUCAACAGCCACACCACCGCGGAGAACUGCGCGCAGUUCGGCGGCACCUUCUGUGGCCAGGAUCCUGGGCCAACCACGACCACCACCACCACCACGGAGGUGACUACGACCUAUACAGGGCCCAGCACCACUGUGCCAGGUCCUCCGGAAGGCAUCGGCUGGAACCGCUCGGGCCACGAGAGCCUCGCAGUUGACCGCUGGCCGGAGAGGAGGUCGGAGCCUCCGGGGAGUGGGGAGGACAUUUGGCAGGACUAUGCUGUGGUUCGAUACAGCUUCAACACGACCAUCGACGCCCUUCGCAAGAACGCCUUCCGAGAUGCGGUGGACAUGUGGCGAGAUAAGACCUGCGUGAACUUUGUGGAGGAAGAGAACCCGGCCAGGCCCUACGUCCUGGUGGGAAUCUGGAACCCGGACAGUUGCUAUGCGAGUGUCGGGUACUACAGCUCACUGGCCUCCAGCUCCUAUGCCAGGGUGAACCUGGGUUGGUGCAAAGACCAGCUCCAUGUGGGCAACAUGGCCCACGAGCUGGGCCACAUCUUGGGCAUGAGCCACGAGCAGAAGCGCCCGGACGGCGGGGACAGCUUCUACGGCAAGGGGCCCUUCUUGACGAUACAUUGGGAGAACAUCGCCAGCGACUGGAAGUCGCAGUACUCCCCGGAUGCGCGCACGUACACCGGAUCCAAAGAUGACGGUGAGGGCGACGCCCAGGUGGGCUAUGCAGACUAUGAUUUUGAAAGUAUUAUGCACUACGGCGGAGGUACGGCUUUUGACACUAUUCCUUCGUCUGAAGAGUCUCUGGUUGGUCAGCGGAGCUAUCUCUCCGAAGGCGACAUUCGCCAAAUCUUGGACGUUUAUGGAUGCAAGUUGAAGAAUGCGAGUGGCUCCACCACCGUUGCGACCACCACCACCACCACUACAACCGCCACCACCACCACCUCCACCACCACCACCAGCACCACCACCACCACCACUACCACCACCACCACCACCACCACCACCACCACCACCACCACCACCACUACAACAGCCACAACGACUACCACCACUACCACGACCACCACCACUACUACCACUGCCACUACCCCUGCCACUACCACUGCCACUACCGCCUCCUCUACGACUGCAGAUGGUCACGGAGACGCAACGAGCACAAGCCCUGGUCCCGGUGACUUCACAGCUGUCGAUGGGGAUGGCUUUGACCAAGUCUGUCGCGGAGCCAGCACCGCCGACAACCUCUACUCGUAUUUCACUGUCCACCUGGAGGUGGAAACUCUGGAUGACUGCAAGCUGCUCUGCGCGAGCGCUGCAGACUGUGUUGGCCUCGAAUAUCAUUUCGGACACGGCCGGUGUGAGGUUUGGACGCGAGCAGAAGGCAUCGAAGUGACCGUGGCGAAGGAGGGAUACAUUUGUCUCAGAUAUGGGGCCGCUUCGACGACCACUCCAAUAGAUCCGGCCCUGUUUCGAGCCCUUGCUGGUGACGGAACUGGGCAAGUCUGCCGCGGGAGCGGACCAGGGGACAAUCUGGCGGAGUACUACCUCCUGAGGCAAAGCAUCCCUUCGCUCGAGGAGUGCAAGGCGGAGUGCCUGGCGGUGGCAGAGGACUGCCGAGGCAUCGAGUACCACUCUGUGGCCGCAAGAUGCGAAGUCUGGAUCCGAGCAGAAGGAGUUGAAAGUACCGCCGAAGCCGAGGGCUACACCUGCCUGGUCUACGCGCCGAACCUGCCACCGCCCACCACCACCUCCACGGUGGACCCUGCGCUGUUCCAGCCUGUGUCUGGAGAUGGCAGCAAUCAGGCCUGCCGGGGCGGCAGUGCCACGGACAAUUUGAGCUCCUACUUCACGGUUGUCUCCGGCCUUAGCAUCGAGCAAUGCAAAGCGGAGUGUGUGCAAACCUCAUCCUGCAAGGGGAUUGAGUACCACAGCUCUGGACGUUGUGAGAUUUGGAUACGGCCGGAGGGCAUCGAAACCACGUUGCCCGAGUCCAACGAUUACACUUGCCUCAGAUACGUGGCUCGGAAAGGUGUUGCUGGUCUCAAAACCCGGAUUGGAUUUCGUAGCCUGAGCAGGAUUACCCAAAUUCUGGCUUGGCUGCUGGCUUUUGCAUGCGCACGUGCUGGAGAUCCCAGCUUUCGAAUUGGCGCCGGACUCUUGGGAUCCAACAGAGCUUGAUCCAAUUGGAUCACUCGCUAUGCUCACUCGAGUUCCGAUUCGGACUUUACUUUACUUGGUGGCUCCCAGCCAUCCGGUUC